AGACUCUGGGCUGAGCAGCUGUAGUUGUGUGAGAGGAUUUUUUGGGUCCAUCACGUCACAGUGUAGCCUUACAUCUUCGGGCUGUGGGACAAUAAAUUCCACUGCUGCUGGUUGCAUCAGGAGUCAGCUGACAGAGGGGGGAAAAAAGGGAGGAAACAGUGUAAGAGAGAUCAGGAGGAGGUAGGAGAGGAGGGUCCACGAGGCUCUUGAAGCUGCAGGAAGGGGGCUGGGCCUCUCUGACAAUGCUCCUCGCCAAAAAGGACUUUCGCAAUGCUUGACCUGUGGACUCUUUGCUCAGGGUGCGAGCGCAUAGAGGCAGCGGUGAGGACGCAAACCCCAUGGUGACUUUGUUUUGAGCCGGUGAUCAGCACAAGGAGGCAGGAGCUGACAUGCAGAAUGUACCGGAGGAGUGGAGGGAAGGACGGGAUGAGAGAGGAGAGGGGAGGAUGGGGGAGACGCUGGUCAGGAGGAAAGGGGAUUCAGAACCCAGCGGAGAGAGGAAGGAGGGAGAGGAGUGGAAGAAGAUCGGAAGCGAGGAGGUGGAGAAGGAGUCGAUGAUGAUGGAGCUGACGCGGCUGGUGCAGAAGGUGGUGAAGGAGAGCAGCUGGUGGGAGAGGAGGGGGAUCGACUGCAGCAUCCUGGCAGCGGCGUUCCUCUGUCUGCCACCUGCCUUCUUGCUGCUGGGCUCCUCGCAGGUCCUGUGGUUUUCAGCCGGCGUGCUGCUGAUGGGCCUCGCUCACGCUGUCAUCACCAUCAAAGGGACACAUCUGGCCAGCCACGGGGCCCUGAGCGAGUCGCCGGCCUGGGCAAAGUUCUGGGCCGUCUUCUUCAUCGAGAUCUGUGGCUCAUUCUCAGCGCGAGCCGGCAUUCAGGGCCACAUUAAGAUGCAUCACGCUCACACUAAUGUCAUUGGACUGGGUGACUCCAGCGUAUGGAAGGUCCCCUUCCUGCCUCGCACUGUCUACCUGUUUAUAGCUCCCCUGGCCGUGCCUAUCAUCACUCCACUUGUUGCACUCGCUCACCUGAAAGGACACUCUUUGGCCCACAUCGUCAGGACCAUCCUGAUGGUAACACUGGGCCUGUAUUCACAGUACUGGCUGCUGAUCCACGUCUCCGGGUUCCUGUCGCCCCUCAGCGCUUUGCUCUGCAUGCUUGUGUGCAGAGCGAUGUUCUCUGUGCCGUAUAUCCAUGUCAACAUUUUCCAGCACAUCGGCCUCCACAUGUUCUCUCAGACCCGCCGACCAAAGAGGAUCUACCAGAUGACCCACGGAGUCCUGAACCUCCCUCGCAACUUCCUGCUGGACUGGAUGUUUGGACACUCGCUUAUCAACUGCCACGUGGAGCACCACCUCUUUCCCUUCCUGUCUGAUAACAUGUGUUUAAAGGUGAAGCCCGUCGUGUCCAAGUAUCUGACUGAAAAGCAGCUCCCGUACCAGCAGGACAGCUACCUCUCCCGCCUCCGCCUUUUCUUCCACAAAUACCAGGAGCUGAUGGUGUUUGCUCCGCCGAUCACAGAGCUGGUGGGAGUGCAGUGAAGGAGAAAAACCCAUUCAGACUAAUGCUGCUAAAAAAGCACAAGCUUCAGUGUUUAAAUGCAUUUCUGCCGACUUGUUACAACCUGCACAGUCCAGGUUUAAAGAGUCUCUAAUAUAUAGGAUAGGUUUUUAAUCAAUAACACACGAUGUUAGGAGCUAAAUUAACAUGAAAUCUUCAUGAUAUUGUUUUUUAUUACUUAAACUAGAUGUAUAUCAUGCACUGUUAGAGGUAAUUUAAUAAAUAGCACAACUACAUUUUAAUGGGGUUUAAUGGGCGCUGCAUUAAAAGUCUAAAGUGGUAGAUUAAUCACAGCUUUUGAACUGACCUGAGGCCUGUUUCAUGUCUCUGUGAAGUGCCUGCUGGUCCUGGUUAACUGGUUCUACAAAGAUGGAUGCCAGCCACCUCCAUUAACUCUGGAAAUUGUUGAUACUCACAUGCAGCUGUAGAAAAUAACACUUCAUUAAGGUAAAAGUUAGAAACUAAGCACAGUAGAGAGUAUAAAUAUAGCAAUAAAAAUAGAAAAAUAAGCAACCAAACUAACCAAAUGUGUUUAAAUCUUACAGGAUUUAAUAUACGUUUUCGUACAUCAGGCUACCUAUAAUUUAUUUGCAUUUUUCAGAAUAAAAUGAGUUAAAAUCAAAUCAGUCAAAAUAUUGUACAAAAAACUCAUUUUCACCAUGAAUAGAAACUAUUUAAAGCUGCAGUAGGUAUCUUUUACAAAUAAUAUUUUUUGUCACAUUUGUUGAAACUUUUACUAUACCCUGACAAUAGAACAUGAGACAGAUAAUGUGUGAAAAAAUCUGGUUCCUCUGGCUCCUCCUAGUGGCUCCUAAUGGGAUUUUCUUGUAAAUCCCAAAAUGACCCACUGCAGCUUUAGUAGUAGUAUUUCAGACGUUUCUUUUUAGAUUAUGCUUCUGUUCUUUAUGCUAAGCUAGGCUAAUCACCUCCAGCUGGCUCCAGCACCGUACUGCGUUUACCAGUACAGACAGACAGGAGUUGAUCUCCUCAUCUAACUCAGCAGAACAGUGACAGACUGCAGACAGUGGAAACGUGUCUUAAACUGCAGCUGUAAUGAAGUCAUUGAUCCAGCUUUGUGAGACAGCCCCCCUCCCCGUUGCCGUAGUGACAGAUGUUGGUGCCGUUGUUGUCGAUGCAAAUGUUUGACUUUUCUUUGUCCUCAUGUCAAAGGCACAUCCGUGACUGCACUGUAGUUUCGGUCCACGCAGUAGAGGUGUUUCAGUGUAUUUUAUGUGGUCUGAUAAUAAACGUUAACAUGAAUUUUCAAGAAUUAAA